CCCGUUAGCGAGCUGAAAGGUGGCUGUAAAAUGUUUUCCACGUCAGGAAUUAGCUUUUUUUCCCUCUGUAUGUCUUAUUUUGACUCGUGGAAUUGAGCAGGUGUAAUAAAGAAGACCUCUUUAUCAAUGCAUCAGCUGGAUCUUUGGCACCAGAAAACCUAACCAAAAAUGAGAUUAAAGAUUUCUCUGUUAAAGGAACCAAAACAUAAAGAAUUAGUUAGCUGUGUGGGCUGGACAACAGCAGAUGAACUGUAUUCAUGCAGCGAUGACCACCAGAUUAUAAAAUGGAACUUAUUAAAUGGUGAAACAACACAAGUAGUGAAGCUUCCAGAUGACAUCUAUCCCAUAGAUCUUCACUGGUUUCCCAAAAAUUUAGGCGGAAAGAGGCACACCCAGGCCGAGAGUUUUGUACUCACAAGUUCUGAUGGUAAGUUCCAUUUCAUUUCCAAAACUGGGAGAGUUGAAAAAAGUGUUGAAGCCCACUGUGGAGCUGUUCUUGCAGGACGAUGGAAUUAUGAAGGAACAGCACUUGUUACAGUUGGUGAAGACGGACAAAUAAAAAUAUGGUCCAAGAGUGGAAUGCUGAGAUCAACUUUGGCACAACAAGGAACACCAAUAUAUUCUGUAGCAUGGGGACCAGAUUCUGAAAAGAUUCUUUACACAUCUGGAAAGCAGCUUAUUAUCAAACCACUUCAGCCAAAUGCUAAAAUUCUGCAGUGGAAAGCCCAUGAUGGAAUUAUUCUAAAAGUUGAUUGGAACUCUGUUAAUGAUCUUGUCCUGUCAGCUGGUGAAGACUGUAAAUACAAGGUGUGGGAUAGCUAUGGUCGUCUGUUGUAUAGCUCUCAGUCACAUGAGUAUCCCAUCACUUCUGUUGCUUGGUCUCUGGAUGGCGAGUUAUUUGCAGUAGGAUCCUUUCAUACUUUACGGCUGUGUGAUAAAACAGGGUGGUCCUAUGCGCUAGAGAAACCAAACACCGGUAGUAUAUUUAACAUUGCUUGGUCUACUGAUGGCACACAAUUAGCUGGUGCUUGUGGAAAUGGACACGUGAUUUUUGCCCAUGUUGUAGAACAGCGGUGGGUGUGGAAAAACUUUGGAAUAACUUUAACUAAAAGAAGAACCAUGGAGGUUCGUAAUGUACUUAACGAUGCUGUGGAUUUACUGGAAUUUCGUGACAGAGUAAUUAAAGCCUCUUUGAACUAUGGACAUUUAGUAGUUUCAACAUCUCUUCAGUGUUACAUAUUCUCAAUUAAAAACUGGAAUACCCCAUUAAUUUUUGACCUCAAGGAAGGAACUGUAAGUUUAAUUUUGCAAGCAGAAAGGCAUUUUCUUCUUGUAGAUGGUGGGGGAAUCUAUUUAUAUUCUUAUGAAGGACGUUUAAUUUCCUCUCCUAAGUUUCCAGGAAUGAGAACAGAUAUACUGAAUGCUCAAGCCAUAUCUCUGAGUAAUGAUACUUUAGCAGUUAGAGAUAAAUCUGAUGAAAAAGUAAUCUACCUCUUUGACCCCUUAUCUGGCAAACCACUAGGAGAUGGAAAACCACUUAGCCAUAAGACAGAAAUCAUAGAAAUUGCCUUAGACCAGAAAGGUCAUACAAAUGAAAGAAAAAUUGCAUUUAUUGACAAAAAUAGGGAUCUCUAUAUAACUUCUGUGAAGAGAUUUGGAAAAGAACAAAAAGUUAUAAAAAUAGGAACAAUGGUGCAUACUUUGGCGUGGAAUGACAACUGUAACAUACUUUGUGGACUUCAAGACACACGAUUUACAGUUUGGUACUAUCCCAGUGUAGUAUAUGUUGAUAAGGACCUCUUGCCAAAAACUUUAUGUGAAAAGGAUGCAAGUGAAUUCAGUAAGAAUCCCCAAAUUGUGAGUUUUGUUGGAAGCCAGGUUACAAUCAGGAGAGCUGAUGGUUCCCUUAUUCACAUCAAUAUUUCACCUUAUCCAUCUAUACUUCAUGAAUAUGCAAACAACUCAAAAUGGGAAGAUGCCAUGAGAUUGUGUCGUUUUGUAAAGGAUCAAACAUUAUGGGCAUGUUUAGCUGCUAUGGCAGUAUCUAAUAAGGAUAUGAAUACAGCAGAAGUAGCCUACGCAUCGGUUGGAGAAAUAGACAAAGUUCAGUAUAUAAGUUCUAUCAAAGAUCUUCCAUCCAAAGAAUCAAGAUUAGCUCAUAUCCUGCUUUUCAGUGGCAAUAUACAAGAAGCUGAAACACUACUUCUUCAAGCUGGCCUUAUUUUCCAAGCUAUUCAAGUCAAUAUUAACCUUUACAACUGGGAAAGGGCACUAGAACUUGCUGUGAAACACAAGACACACGUUGACACAGUUCUGGCUUACCGACAAAAGUUCUUGGAUGACUUUGGCAAAAAAGAAACGAAUCAGCGAUUUUUGCAGUAUGCAGAAGGGCUUGAAGUCGACUGGGAUAAAAUCAAAGCCAAAAUAGAGUUGGAAAUUGCAAAAGAGAGGGAACGGGCUGCAGCUACUCCAGCAGUCAGAACAAGCGUAACCAUACAACGCUAAGUGCCAUGCUGAUUAUAUUAACUAGUGGUUUUAUCACUCUGCUACUUCAGCAAACUGGUAAGAUUUAGCAAACUGGUAUAUCUGUCUGGGUAUUGUAAGAUGGACGAUAACGCUUGACUCUGGACUCCAAAGUUUCUGUAGGGCUUGUUUAUUAUUGACAAAAAGGAACGUAUAUCUGUGUAAUCCUGUUAUGAACUACAACACUAUUUUGAUUAUAGUGCUCAUAUGAUCAUAUGAGAAGUUUAAUGUUCUUAAACUUAUCUGAAGCAGAUAUUACUAAGGCCAAUUCCUCUGGAGAAGGUUGUCUUUCAUGGAGGCACAUGGAAUCUAGCAACAUAAAUAAAGCGGCAAUUAUUUAGAUUCCCAAUAGACAAGUAAGCAAUUUCUUUUAAAAGCAGACCACUGGUUUUAAAAUUUCUGUGUGUAAUAUAAGGAAGGGUUUCUUUGUAUACAGUUAUAUGGAUCUGAAAUGCAAGCACAGUCUCAGAACCAAGGUAGCAUUUUACCAUAUGUACAAGCUGCAGUUGUGAAACUUCUUAAUAAAAAAUAUAUUGUCAAAGAAUUUAAUAGAAAUUCUUGUUCCUUUUAAAAAUUCUUUUCAGAGUGGAGCUUUCACUUUAACAAUAAUAAACUUUGCCAUUUUUUCAGCUGUUAUGAAACAAAACGUUGAUAUUGGCAGCAUACAAAAUAGGUGAAGUAAUGGGUAAUUUUUGAUUGUACUAACUGCUGUUGACACAGAAGUAUGCUUAAACUGUGCUACAAGUGUUUACAUAUUCAUAUAUCAACAUAAGUUAACUAAACCAGAAAUACUGCUUUUUAAAACUGUUUUUCUCAGAGAGCAACAUCUAUCUGUUGUAUACUAUCUAGUUUUAAAUAAGUACCAGAUUUCCUAAAAAUAUGUGCUGUUUGGCAAGAAUUCUUUCUAAAGAAGAUUAGCAUAUCCAGCUACUUAAAAGUGUUUUCUUAUGACUUCUGGUUUCCUUGGUGCACCCUGAUUGUGUGAUCAAAGUAUCCCUCGUAAUUUAUUUCAAGAAUAUAACAUUAAUAACCUGGUUGAUGAAUAAGCAAAAAAAUUAUAUGGUGAUACCAGUAGUAAAAUAGUGUUACCCAGUAUACAAUAUGUAUAUUUUAAUAUAAAUGAAUCAGAAGAUAUUUUGUCUGGUAUGUACAUGAUGCAAAAUGUAUGCCUUUGUUAAUAAAUAUUUCAAAUAUUUUA